AUGGCGGAAUUACUGAGCCACGAUGUGGAGAAACGAGCUGGGGCGGUAGCUCCACCACUUUGUGAAGAUGAAACCGGUGCUGUUCCCGCGUCGAGCUUUGAAUACGGCAAUUCCAUGUAUGCGAAGCUUCAGAGAUUGGGAGGAAAGAUCAAGGUUGAGCAAAGAGGUAUCGAACGCGUUCCCGAGGAUGAAAGAACGGACAGUUCGUAUUGGAAUAUCGGUUCAAUGUGGUUGGCUGCAAAUAUGGUUGUCCCCUCAUUCACGAUUGGCGUGUUGGGCAAGCCACUCUUUGGGUUGAGCUUCGUCGAUUCGGCCUUGGUUAUCAUAUUCUUCAACUUCAUUGGCGUUCUGACGGUCUGCUUUUUCUCGAUUUUCGGAGCUACCUUCGGGCUUCGCCAGAUGGUUCUGUCCCGAUUUUGGUUUGGUUGGUGGGGUGUCAAGCUGAUUGCUCUUUUCAACGUUCUAGCUUGUAUAGGAUGGGCUGCCGCAAAUAUUAUUGUUGGAGCCCAACUAAUAAAUGCAGUCAACUCGAAUGUUCCCGGAUAUGCAGGAAUUUUAAUCAUUGCAUUUUGCACCCUUCUGGUAGUAUUCUUUGGAUACCAGGUUGUCCAUGCCUACGAGUAUUGGAGUUGGAUCCCGACAUUUAUCGUGUUCCUCGUUGUUAUAGGUGUUUUCGCACAUUCCGGUGACUUUACCAAUUUACCAAUGGGAGCUGGAACUGCCGAGCUUGGAGCUGUACUAUCGUACGGCUCCACUGUAUUCGGAUUCGGUACUGGCUAUACUAGCUUUGCCGCGGAUUACACAGUUUAUCAACCAAGCAAUCGCCCGCGACGCAAAGUUUUCAUUGCCACAUGGUUGGGAAUAUUUCCAACUCUUCUCUUCACCGAGCUUCUUGGUGCAGCACUUAUCACGGCCACGGACCUAAAUGGAGGCGAUAAUGCAUACCAAAAAGGCUACGAUGAAGCGGGAGUGGGGGGCCUCCUUGGGGCUCUUCUCUUUCCCCGGGUUGGGGGAUUUGGAAAAUUCUGCGUUAUUAUCCUCGCUCUAUCAAUUGUUGCCAACAACUGUCCGAAUAUUUAUUCGGUUUCAUUGACACUCAUGGUUAUGGGUCGGUGGACUCGACACAUUCCCCGCUUUGUUUGGACCAUCGUCGUCACAGGUGUUUAUAUUGCAAUUGCUAUUCCAGGUUAUAGCCAUUUUGAAGCUGUACUUGAGAACUUCAUGCAUUUCAUAGGAUACUGGCUGGCGAUAUACGAAGGCAUUGCUCUCACUGAGCACUUCGUGUUUCGUCGAGGAUUUUCGGGAUACAACGCAGAAGACUAUGAUGACCGUCACAGGCUACCACCAGGCAUUGCGGCCUUGCUAGCCUUCUGCUGCGGUGUUAUAGGCAUGGUGACUGGCAUGAGUCAGUCCUGGUAUGUUGGACCGAUCGCUGCGUCGGCUGGGCGCGCCCCAACUGGAGGGGAUGUUGGAUUUGAGCUAGGGUUUGCUUUUGCGGCCUUCUCAUACGUGAUAUUGAGAACCGUUGAGUUGAAAAUCUUUAAGAGAUAG